GCCCUGGCCUCGCCCUGUCCGCUCUGGCGGACGAGGAGGCCUCCGACGCGGUGUCGCUCUCCCCACCCGGCACGUCGGUACAAUCCAGCCUCUGGAGCCCUUUCAGUAUGAUUUCCAAGCCCGUCCCGUCGCCUGACGCGCCGAGCUCGACCGCGGUUGCAGAGUGCCGAAACGCUGACGGCAAGAGGCUUGGCGGCUUAGUGGAGGCUUUCCUGACGGAGCUGCAGCAGCGGCGCUUGCAGCAGAAUGGCCGGGUGGAGGAAAACUGGCUGAAGGCUGCAGGAAGGCAAGGCGGGCAAGGCGGGCAAGGCGAAGCGCUGAAGGAAGUCCUGGACAGUGCGUUCCGCGACUUCCGGGCGAGCCUUGAUGCCGACAAUGCCCAGAGCGGCAGCUGA